AUGCGUGUGACAGUUCUCCUCCUUUCCGGCCUCUUGGCGUUCACCAACGCGGUGGCACUACCCGGGUCUGGAGAUGCUUCUUCUUCUCCCGCCGUUCUAGCCCGGGACUUGGAAGCUCGCGCCCCCAACUGUCCGGAUAUCUGGACGCAGGUCAAUGUCGAGCUCAACUCGCUCUUCCUCAGCGGCGGCAAGUGCACCGCCCUCGCGAGGGGCGCUAUCCGCGCCAUAUUCCACGACUGCGGCUCGUGGGAUGAGUCCCAGGGGCUGAACGGCGGGUGCGACGGGUCGUUGGUUGUCGGCGUCACGCCGGACGUUGAGAUCGACAGGAUUGAGAACAGAGGACUGCAGACCAUCGUGGGGACGCUAAAAGACCUUUCUGCAAAGUACAACGUGACUGCAGCCGAUAUGACUGUCUUUGCCGGAAACGCUGCAAUAUUCUUGUGCCCCGGCGGACCCAAAGUCAGAACCUACAUUGGCCGAAAGGACAGCACCAACUCGGCCAAAGCAGGUGGACUGCCCAGCCCCUUCGACACCCCCGAGAACCUCCUGGCUCUGUUCAAGGCCAAGGGCCUCGACGCCGAGGCUCUCGCCGCGCUUCUCGGCGCCCACAGCACCUCCACGCAGAGUUUUGUCAACACGACGCUGGCGGGGGCAUCGCAAGACUCCACGCCCGGGGAGAUGGACGUCAACUACUACAAGCAGACGCACGACUUCGCCACCACGGGCACCGCCCCCUCCGGCGUCUUUGUGUUCCCUUCGGACUCGAGCAUCUCUACCUCGGAAGCAAGCAGCGUCGGCCGGUGGUUCCAGGGCUUCAUUGGGGACCAGGACAAGUGGAGCAAGAGCUUCAAGAAGUCAAUGGAGAGGAUGGCGCUCUUUGGCAACGACAAGGGCAGCAUGUCUGAUUGCACCGACGCGAUAGCCAAGCUUUGA